AUGAAUUUUAGAAAAAGAAUUAGAAUCGAUAGUUUGGGAAACUGGAGCAAGUGCACCAACAAGACUACUACCACCAAUGACUGUUUUGGUGAGGUUGCAACAACACCAACGAUGUGUCAUGUGACCUCUUCAUCCUCUUCUAGCUCAACCAAUACUCUGAUUGGUGUCAUCAUCAUCUACUUGACAUGUGCAAUAUUAUGUAGUGACAGAGGUGGUGGUGGCGGCGGCGGUUUCAUUCUUGUUGAAGCAUCUACAUUUUGUUCCUAUAAAGGGUUGCAUUCAAAUUUAGUCAGUGAUCUAUACCUCAUAGUUGAAGAUGAGACAACAAAACAAAUAGAAUAUCCAGGCUUUUUAAUGUCAAAAGUUGACCUACCAAAUACUCGUUUAUCAACUGGCAAAUUGAGAUCAUCAAUAAUAUGUGACCCAAUUGAUAAAUCAGUUGGACAAUAUCAAACUCCAUCAUUUAAAAAUGAUGAUUUCAAUUACAAUUACAGUUGUACUGUAAUGGAUGAACAAUAUUUUCACAAUCUAUUCAACCGACCAAUUAGAAUAACUACCAACAACCAAAAGGCCUAUUUAGAUUGUUCAUGUGUCACUGAACUUGAAAGUCCAGGUCAAUAUAUUAGAGGAAUUCAAGUUUAUUUGAGAAGUUAUGUUGAUAAGUUUAUUUACAUAAAUGCAAUGUCAUAUCAUUAUAAUAUUGGUAGAUGUAAAGUAAAGACAAUAUUUAGUGAUACACCAUUAAAGAGUGGUGAUGUAUUUCAACAAAUUCUAACUUUGGAACAACCAAAUGACAAGACUAUUGAAUGGAUAUUUGGAGGUGUCAGUAUUUUUAUUGCUGCCUCUAUUAUUUUUUGUUUCCUAUUCUAUUUAAUCAAAUCUAGAUUAAAUCGUAGUAAUCAUAGAAAUCAAUAUGAACAAAUUAUGGAUUAA